AUGACUUCUUUCAAUACGACGAGCGGUCUCAAUCCCACCAUCGGGUUCAACGCGACGACAGGUUUCGAAGCCACAGAUGGACUCAACACGACAGCAAUAUCACCGGCCAGUUCAACUCGCGAUGGGCUGCCUCUUCAUCCACGUCUCACGCCCGCCUUCGGAGUAGCUGGCGCUCUGCUCAUUAUGACUGGCUGCGCAUACGCCUGCGCCAGCAUUCAUUUUAUGAGACUCUACAUGUUCCUCAGCUGUGCCUACCUCGCCAGCAUCUGUAUCACGGUCCUAAUAGUCUAUGUAAUGUCUGUGCCGGAUGGAAACAUUAGCAACGGUGUUCAGGGCGCAUAUCUGGUCGCCACUGUCCUGCCUGGCAUCAUACUUGGCGCAGUACUCUCACAAUACGUCCAAUGGCUGGCUAAACGUUCUGGAUGCAUUGUAGGAGGCUUCUGCAUUGCCAUGUGGAUCGAGGUACUGUCUCCGGGAGGCCUCAUCACGUCAUCUUCGAUGCUCGCGCUGUUCAUUGCACUCGUGUGUCUUGCCGCGCUCGCACCGUCAUUCCUCAAGAAGACGAAAGAGCCGGCUUAUAUGAUCUGCUCAGCAUUUUCUGGCACCACAGCACUUGUUUUGGGAAUCGAUUGCUACAGUCGUGCUGGGUUGAAGGAGUUCUGGGUGUACACGUGGCAAUUCCAUAGAGUCAAGCUCUUCGGCUUCGGGACCGCGACCUAUCCUCUGACAAGAGGGAUCAAAGCCGAAAUUGGCAUGAUUCCUGUCCUUUUUGCUCUGGCAAUGGUGUUUCAGGGUAAACUCUUCAAACCCAUUCGACGCCGAAAGCAAGAAAAAUCAGCAGUAGAUGCAGAACACAGAGAAGAACUCGAAAAGGAAGAAAUUGACACCGGACGCGCGGUUCAAGAGAACGUCGACAGAGAGCGUGCAGCUUGGGAAGAGAGAUACAGGGAGCCGGAGAAGAAGAAGCCUGUUGUCGAGCAGAGACAAGUCUACCCACCAUCUCCGUCGAAGAAUAGUCAUAAACUUCAUAGCGCAGCGAGCUUUAUACUGGACAAGUUGAAGCCCGACACUCGCAACUCAGCAACAACAAGCGAUCGAGAACAGCAUCCCGAUGAGAUCCGGCCUGUCGAAACAUCCAUCGAGAACACAGAAGCAGCGGCCGACAACCCGCAGACACAACGUCCACAGUCUCCACGGAGAUAUCCCAGUCUGAGACCAACCUCAUAUCCACCACCACCCAUUGUCCCACAAAUGGAUGACAGAUGUGACACCUCUUCAGAUAUGCUAGAAGAUCACGCACGACAUGUGGAAUCUGAUCAAGACGCAGCAGGAACCGAGUUCUCGAUCCAACCCAGUAAUCAAAAUGAAGACGAAGAGAACAUUCCUGUAGCAGUCAAGCUGUUCCGACAAAAAAUCCCACAGCAACCACUUGAAGAAGAUGAGACGAACGAAAAGCACCAACCUCCGCUGGACCAAGAGGCCACGAACGAACCGCUCCAAUACGCACAUCAUGGACCCAAGAAAUUGGAUCUGGGCGAGGUUCUUGACGAGUGUGACCAUGAUGGGCCUUCAAAACACCUCUCUGGGCUUGCCACAAUCUCAAGGGAAGAAAUCGUCAAUCGAACGCUGGAGUGGAGAACGACUGUGAUUCAAGCAGAGCUGAAUUCGAGACCCUCAAGCGCACAUUCAUACGACGCAAAUAACGAGCCAAGCGUAUGGUCAGGAUUUGAGGGCACUCACACAACAGAUGAUACUUCUGAGCGAUUGGAAAGCCAGAAGACGGCAGUGCCGCAGCCAUUGCAACAUGGUCUGUCAAGAGGAAGCGCUAUCAAACAGAACAAGCGCAGUUUUAGACGUGUCUCAACCAUCAAGGGUAAAGCAGCUAUGAUACCUGCACCAGUCAAGUCCGCAAGGGUCAAGGAGCGUAACUCUUCGCUUCCGAUGCUCAAUACUGCACCCACUCUUUUAGACGAUCUCUCUCUCACGAACAACUUCGUGGGCAACGAGACUCAGGGCGUUAUCGCGAGAAGGAAUUUCGGGUCUCAUGGCAAAUUCGCAGAUCGCAACUCUAACAAUGUCGAGUCGACAGACCUUGACGAAACAACACUUUCGCAAGUCCGAGCGACUUUACAUGCAAGAAGUGUGAGUAACAGCCAAGUCUCCACAAUUUCAUCUCACGCACCUCGUGCUUCGAGCACGAGAACGACUCCAAUUGCAACUUCCCCCGUGCACAACAACUGUCCGCCCUUCAUGAUGGUCGCCUAUCCUCUCCGAAAUCCGUAUCCAAUGCCUCCAUGUGAGACUUUUCAGCCCCCAGCCUCACCAUAUCGGUAUUCAAGCGGAGUCUACAAUCCGAACGUGAAUGUUACUCUGAGUGGCAUGAACAAUACAGCUAUUGCCACUCAGAACAACGAUUCAUGGGCUCCACGCAUGCCACGACGAUCUUCAGCCCUAGCCCCGUUCCCUAUAGCGCAGCCAACUCUGAUGCAUCGCACCGGAGAAACUCUACGUGACACUCAGAGAAGGGACGCACGUCGCCGCAUAAGUCUUCAAGCUGAAAACUCGAUGAGACACGGACAUCUCGAUGAUGCACACAAAGAAGCCAUGAGGAAGCUUCAGAGAGAAGCUAACAAGAACUGCCAAUAA